GCCCUCCUCUUGGCUAGCGUAGAAAUCCACUGGACCCGCCUGCCAGUCCUCCGAAGGGGAGGGUAGCUCGCUUUGGAGCCCGCCUCUGGGACUCGGCGGGUGGCCUGGGCUCUCGGAACGUGGUUUGCUGCGGCUUCUGUUUAACUGCGGCUGCUGGGCUAGAGUCCGAGCGGUAGCGAGAGACCCCGGCAGGAUGCAUAUGCAUUUCAUUUUCUCCAAUGAAGUGGAGCUCCUCUUUGAUUUCUGGAAGGUCCACAGUUCAGCUGGCAUGGCCGUUUCCGUGCUGGUGGUCCUCCUCUUGGCUGUAUUGUAUGAAGGCAUCAAAGUUGGCAAAGUAAAGUUGUUCCACUGGUCCCUGCUCAGCCAGCCCCCAAACCACAGCCAGCCGCUGACGGAGUAUACGGACCAGGAGUCUACAAGCUCUGGGUCAGCUCAGGCCAACAAUGACCGAACCAGGAUGUUUCUGAGUCACUUGGGCCAGUCUCUGAUACACGUCGCCCAGGUGGUCAUUGGCUACUUUGUGAUGCUGGCUGUGAUGUCCUACAACACUUGGAUUUUCCUUGGCGUGAUCCUGGGCUCAGCUAUUGGUUACUACUUGGCCUACCCAUUCCUCAGUGUGGGAUAGAGGGCAGGCUGGGCUCCGAGGCAGCUGGAUGGUUGUUUGGGCUCGACAAGUUGGACAUUACCAUCUCUUCUUAGUGAUGAAAAUCCCACCAUGUUUAGAAGCAGGCACCUCUCAAGACUAUUGUUCCGCAUCUCCCUCAUCUUCUUCCUUCUGUGGCCUCUUAGUCUGAGGUACAGAGGGCCUGGGGCCCUCCUUCCCUUGGCCGGCCAUGAUGGCCACCAACGGUAUUCACUGAGGACCUCUGGUGGGGGUUCUGGCUAACCUCCAGACCUUUCAAAAGCCUGGGGGACAGAGAGGGGAGUCAGCUGAGCCUGAGCAGCUGAUGACAUUCCUGAUCCUGUAACCUAUUCAUGGAUUUCCUGACUCGGAGAAGGAAGGCAGACUAUUUGAAAAGGGAUCAAGGGACGGGCAGGGCUCUACACAUGCUCCAAUUCCGUAUUGUGCCUUAGUUCCAAUGGAACAAACCAUGACGGGUUAACUGCCCUCCUCUGGCUGUGGGAAUAGGGUACAUACCAGCUUUUCAAAUUCACCUUUUUGCCUUAGGACUGCUAGAAAAUUGAGAUUGGGGUGUGUGUGUGUGUGUGUGUGUGUAUUUCGAUUGACCUGAGAUUCAUUUUCUCCAUUCCUCCUCUCCCCGCUCCCCCCAAAACUCCCAGGUCACCUGCCUUGGGCAUUAUCAACACAGAUAGGGUUUUUAAUGGAACACUCUCCCAUUAUAUUCAUAGUAAUUCAAAGUCUGGUGGUGUAGACUGAGCCCUGGAUGUGGAGUAGUUGAGUUUGAAUCUUGACCCUGAUGCUUAGUAGCUUUGUCACUUUCCUACUCUGGGUCUCAGUUUCCUCGUCUGUAAAGGGAAUGGGUUAGACUAAAUCUUUCAAGUUUCUUCCAGCUGCAAAUCUCUGAUCCAUUUCCUUCACUUUUUCUGAGGGGACACAGUGAACCAAUUAAGUUAAAUGAUGCUGAAGGAGACAUUUUGAGGGCUGAAGAGCCUGAGGGGGAUGGGGACACCCAAGGGUCUGAAGGAGCUGGGUCUCAAGUGCAGCAGAAGCAACUGCCUGCAGUUCAGCUGUGCCUUGAAGUGAUUGACUCUGGGAUUCUUGGGUUAACUUUAACAACUGCACAUAGCUUGUCAGUGGCAGAUGCAGGGAUGUUACCCAGAGUUUCUGGCUCAGGCAGGGCUCCUUCCAUUGGACAGUACUACCUCCUUGCUGUUUAGGAGACUGUGAUGUUGUACCAGGGAAGCAGGAUAGAUUUAGCCUUGCUAGUAACCUUAUUAGUCUGGACAGCUUUGAUGACCUCCCUUUCAAAUAUAAUCUUAUUCCAAUCCUUUUCUAAUUCAGAGAAAGAUCACUGUCAUUUAAUAACCUUCAAGAUCUCAUUUCUCUUCACUGUCUCUAUCUACCCUGUGACUUGGCAGAGAAAACACUGGAUAUUCACUUAAAAUAUUCAUUAAACCGUCCUAAUCUGCUGUUGGACAAAGAUUAAAUCAAAUCCAAGCCAUUUAUUCCUGCCCUCAAGGAACUUAUGGUCUAAAUAAAAAUGUAAUUUAUA